AUGGAGGACACAGCCGAGCCAGUGCCAACGGGUAUCUCAGAUAUGACAUUGGCAACUGAUGAAGCAAGUGAUCAAGGAUUUCCUCCAUUAAUGCCAACAGGUGACAGUCAUUUGCCGAAUGACGGACUGGCAAUUGUGUCACAUGAUGCAGCGUACUCUCCGAUUGAUUCGUUGCUUAGAGAACGUGUUGUCGAUGCCAGGCAGUUGACGAUUAAUCAGGACACAUCUCCGAUGGUCGCCUUUGCCGCCGAGGCACGACACAAUCAGAUUAUCGGCGAAUUGGGAGCAGAACAUCAGGAGCAGCCCCGUGCAAUGUACAAUAGUGGGCUUCCGGAGGUGACCAAGUUGAGGAACGAAUUAGGCAAUGCUAACAUUGCGUUGUCGAUUCAGAGGUCUGAAAUGGGUCAAGGUGAAGCUCGUUUCCAGCAAACCGAAAGCGCGAGGGAACUCGCUGUCCUUGAAGCCAACCGGCAAGCGGAAGCUGCCCGUAGAGCUUUAGAGGAAGCCAACAGCAAUGCCAGGCGCCUUCGCGAAGUGGAAACUUCUGCCCGUCAGAAUGAUGCGAUGCGAUCCCAUGAGGUCGCUGACAUGUCAUCUCGGAUGGAUGAACUGAUGAGGCAGCUUCAUGCCCAGCGCCAGCAGACUGAGGUAUUGAUUCAUCAGAAUAACGCAUUAAGCUCCAGGGUUCGAGAUUUCGAAGCUAGAGAUGCUGCUUUGAAGAUUCAGGAGGGAAUUCCACAAGGGCCUCCACCUGGCAUUCCCGUACACCCCAUUUCCACCCCGAAGCAUGGAGGUGACACUCCUACGGAACAGGCGACGGACGCCGGAAGGCGAACCCCUCCGGAUGGUUCCAGCCCAGGUGGCGGUGGUGGCGGCGGGCCUGAUGGCAACGGCCCCAGUGGAGGCGAUGAUGAUCAUUGUCAGUAA